CCUGACAGCUCCAUCAGAAACCGCUAGCAAGAGCAAGGACUGGUGCAACGAGAAACGAGUCCAUCCUCUAAAGCAGAGCUGGGUGACAUACCUGCAGAGAUUGUCUAUCCUGAAUAAUAUGAUCUGGACUUAGCAUCAAUAGAUGAUGAUAUAGGAAAGAAGGAGCAAUGUCAGAAGAUGUGGCUAACGAGACUCAUUUUCCUCUGAAGACAGCAGCUUUAAGAGUAUUUGAUCUUCCACUCUCCUGGUAUAAUUCACUGAUACAGGUUAAAAUCUCACCAGGGCUAAAGAAACUAUUUGCGAUAACAGCAGUAAGUGCCAUAACUGUGAUUUUCCUUGCUCAUCACUUCAAAAGAAAACGUGGGAAGAAAACCAGGAAACUAUCUCCAUGGGAAUCAGACCAUCUGAUUUUUGAUUAUGCAAAAACUUCUGGGUCAGAGAAAAAUUCUAGUUGUUCCAGUAGCAAACAAAAUCUAACACUUUCACUGAAUUCCAUCAAAGAAAAAGGUUUUCAAUCUUACAUCCAUGCCAGUGGUGAUCUCUUCAAUAAAUAUUCUGGUUCUAUGCAGAGUUUGGCCUCAGCCCACAGUGCCAUCUCUUGUCCUAGUUGUGUUUGUGUGAAUUCUAAUUCCUGGGAUAAAACAGAUGAAGAUAAUAUGAAGCUAGUCAAUAUUCCAGUAACUACUCCAGAAAAUUUAUACUUGAUGGGAAUGGAGCUGUUUGAAGAAGCACUACAACGAUGGGAACAGGCAUUGACUUUUCGUAACAGACAAGUUGAGGAUGAAGCCAGCUGUGGUGCCAUCAAGCUUGGAGCAGGUGAUGCUAUUGCAGAAGAACAGAUAGAGGAUAUCAUUAGUGCAGAGUUUAUACAUAAGCUUGAACUUUUGCUCCAGAGAGCCUACCGCCUUCAGGAAGAAUUUGAAGCCUCCCUUGGAGCAUCUGACUCAGGGUCUUUUGCCAAUGAGGCUGGUAAUCAAAUGGAUAAUACUAUGAAAGAUAUUACAGAUGAAUUCAGUCUGCGAGAUACAAUAAGCAUUGGAUCAACAGAUUCAUUUGUUUCAGCUGCUGAGCUUACAGAACACAAAGAGAGCCGAAACUAUUACCACAUGGAUUCACUUUGCCACUGCCCAUUAUAUGAAGAAGCUUUGCGCAUGGCAGAAGAAGGAAAGAUUUAUUCACGUGUCUUAAGGACUGAAAUGUUGGAAUGUUUGGGAGACAGUGACUUCCUUGCUAAGCUCCACUGUAUACGGCAAGCUUUUCAGGUCAUUCUUUCAGACUCUGCAAAUCGAAUAUUUCUUGCUGAAAGUGGCAGAAGAAUUUUAUGUGCUUUAAUUUUGAGAGCAAGAAAGAACCCAAAGAAAUUUGAGGAAGUAUUUGAUGAAAUGAUCUCUUUUUUAGAACAAGCGGAUCAAUGGAUUCAUACUAAAAUGGAGUUGGCUGCUUAUGGGGUGAAACAUUUAAACUUUUAUGAUGUUGUUUUGGACUUCAUAUUAAUGGAUUCUUUUGAAGACUUAGAGAACCCACCCAUGUCUAUACAGAAUAUAGUUAAUAACCACUGGUUGAACUCCUCCUUCAAAGAAACUGCUGUGGCUUCAAGUUGUUGGUCAGUCCUGAAACAAAAAAAGCAACAAAUGAAAGUUCCUGAUGGUUUCUUUGCGCAUUUCUAUGCUGUUUGUGAACAUAUUAGCCCUGUUCUGGCAUGGGGAUUUUUAGGUCCUAGAAAUUCCCUGAAUGAAUUUUGCAGCUACUUCAAGAAUCAGAUUCUUUAUUUCCUGAAAGAUAUUUUUGACUUUGAAAAAGUGCGAUACUCGUCAGUGGAUAAUUUAGCUGAAGAUCUUCUGCAAUUGCUAAUCCGGCACACUAAUCUUUUAUUGGUUUACUUUGGAGUAAAUGGAUGUCAACACCCAACAGCCAGUGAUCUUUUAGAGGCAAAAGUACAAUAAAUUUCUGUUUUUGUUCUUCAUAUGAGCAUAUUUUGCCUUUUUCUCCAACAAGAAAAUUUAAUAUUGUUUCUUUCAGAGCAAGUACCCAAAAUCUAUGAUAUUGUCGAAUAUAGCCUCAGGGAGGUUUAAAAAUAUACAUGUCAUUGCUUAAAUUAUUGCUGUACAUAUCAUUUAAAAUAGUUCAAUUGUCCUUGGAUUUAUACGUAACAUAUAUUUCUAAACUAUUACAUAAAUAUUAUUUGUGGGGGAUAAAUACAUAAAUACAGAUCUCUUUGUGAUGAAAGUGAUAUAAAAAUACAUGUUAUAGUAAAUAAGUUCCUCCCAGGUUUACAAUGUAUAAAUUAGGUAGUGCAAAACUUUCAAAAGCUCUACCUGGUGAUGUGUUUGCCAAGAUUUGCACCUUUUUUGUCUUAAUUAAUGUGCAAUUAAAAAAAACAUAUACGGUGACAAAUGAUAUAGUUUUUGUGUGUAUAAGCUAUAAUUUAUAGUGUAGCAACUGUAUCAAUGCAUUUCGCCUUAGGACAAUAUUCUGUGGGCACUGUUGUAAAAUUUAAGAGUUAAUCAUAAUUUUUUUUUUGUAAAUUAUGAUGUUUUAUGUUGGUUGUAUUGCAUAAAAUCAGAGUCUGGUGAACCCUCGGCAGUUGUUUUGAGUAAUUAAUACUCUCUACCAUAUUUAUUUAUUUAGUAUAGAUUGCUAAAUAUAUAGAUAAUUCUCUGCGGAGCUUUUAAAAUUUUAUACAUACUAUAAAUAAGUUCUUGUCUAAUUGAAUUCAUUAUUUAAAGUAUAUUUUUAAGGGAAAAGAUGUAUAUUAAAAAGAAUAAAAUGUUGCAAGGGUAAAUACAUGUUCCAUUACAAUUUUAAA